CAAAGUGUAGACUUCGAGACUCCUCAUGAGUACGAAAGCGGAAACGAGGAGCUGCUGUCGCCUUCGGUCAGUGCUCGCGGCAUUUUCGAAGGCUGCACGUCGUCUUCGACAAGUCCAGCAGGAUGUAGCCAGUGGAGCAAUGGCGUAGGCCGUGACUUGGCCAACAGGUGGAUCUUCGGCUACAGUAAGGGAGUCCGGCUUUACGCAUGCGUUUCCGCUGAUGAGAUCAUGUUUCGGGUCGUCGAGGGGCAGCAGGGCGUAACGCACGUCUACAGGAUUAGUACCAACGAGCUCGUCUGCACCGUGAAAGAGAAAAGUACAAGCAAGACCAAUGUCCCGUUGUCCUCAACAUAUCAGUCUCGCCUGCGCUGUCCUCGCCGAUGCACUCCUGGCACCAACAACUACAAACCGCUCGAGCUGAGCAAGGAGCGCUUCUUAUCACUUCUAGAGCUGCAGCCGAUCAGCGGUGAAUGUGGUCCCCGGGCCGUGGUAGAGCGCCUGCCAGCUGACUGCGACGGCGGUGAGUGGCCCGGUGCCCAAGCGGCGGUCGCCAACUACAGCAAGUACUGCUGCUCGCGAGGUCGCCUGCACGCGCCAGCGUUGCCAGUAUCCUACCCCGUCGUCUACCGUGCCACGAGACAGCACCGUUACCUAGGUCACCAGUACAGUUUCAACAAGCGAGAGCGUUGGAAGCGCGUGCGUGAACUCCGCACUGGUCUGAGCCGCCGGGCUCUGCACCAGUUGGACAGGUGCAGAGACUUGCGUGUCAAGCUGCGCCGUCUGACACCGUCGGAGGUGGCGCUUUGGACUAAUGGCCAUAUGCGACUAGGCAGGACUCCUCUGCGGGAGCUUCCCAGCUUCUUGCGGCCUGUGCGUUGUGUGCUUCCAGACGUAGUGCAACUGAAUGUGCUCAAGGCGGCCAAGCUGUCCAUGUGUGCUUGUGACCUCCGCACACGGCCCGGUGCGCUUACGGUGUCACAAGCUUCUUCACCGUUGUUCUGAAGGCGGCGCUACUUCUUGCUCAUGUCCCCAAUUCUUAGGAUAAAUGGUAUUUUAAUCUUGCCAAAGGUUCUCAUUCAGUGCUCAGGCAAAGAGCUGGUAUUCUUCCAUGCAUGUGUACUUACAUAUGCAGUUGUUGAUGUGUCACAUUUUCCAUACUUCAUUAUAACAACAAAUAAAGUAUGGUGAUACAGAGUAGAAUGUGCUAAUAUUGGCUUUGAGGAUUACGUGCACUGUGCCACAUUUUAGUUUUGCUUGCAGCUGUGCCCAGCAAUUGACUGUUGUGCUUGGCUCUGCCCCUAGCAGCGCAUACAUGACAAACCCUUAGCAGUGACAUGGGUAAUUCACAUGGCUGACGUUCAGCAUACUAAAACACCACCUUUUGGUUCGAAAUGUAAUUUGCAUUGUGAAGCUUUGAGCAAGUGACACUGUCUCUGCAAAAAUUAUUACACACAAACAGUUGACUUCAACUAUAGAAUGCGCCACUUCUAGUUUUUACUGGUUGUGGGUGCUAAGAAAGUGCGAUAAUAGUACCAGACAUACGUGUCAGCAUUGCAGCCUCUUGUGGCACUAUUCUUAUUUAAUGUAUAUAUGAAGUUUGUGAUAAUGAAGCCACAAGAGUGUUUACAGGUGGCAGCUUGUGUGCAAUGGCUUUAGGAGAUUGAGGUCAUGGCUGUAUCUUCUAUUGGGUCAAAAUUCCUCUCAAGCCACCAUUUGCACAUGCAAAUCUGUGUUGGGUUACGAUAGCAUUCUGCAUCGAUAUUCAUUUAUCUAGUGGCUGUUGUCUUUGUGCUCAGAGGCACUGUACAAUUUGACAUCAGAAUGUGUGUGAAAAUAAUUGGGUAAUGUCACUCAAACAUUAAAAAAAGUCUGGCAUUUUGCUUCUUUGUAACAUUCUCUUGUUCUUAAAUAUCAACAUGUUGCGUGCGACUCUGGCACAUUGCAUCCCGUUUGCUUUUAAUUAUAUUGCCAUUGAUGGCGAUACAGCAGUUGCAUUGCAUAUCGUCGUGUUUGCUUUCAUGCAAGGGAUGCUUGGAACUUCUGAACGCACUGUCUGUAAAUGAUGCAGAAUGUAUGAAUGAACAGUACAUUAGCGCUGAAAAAUGCGACAUUCACUCUGUUUAAUAGAGUGCACUGUGAAGUUUCAAGCACACUUAAGCCCAGUGUGCUUAAAUGCAGCUUAGACGAACACUGUGGUUAUUUGCUAAACUAUUUUCUGUAGCAGACAAUCACUUCAGUUUUAUUUUUUAAACAUUUUUCAAAGGCCUUACAACUCCAUUAAAUUAAAUUUGCAUUCCAGCUCCAUCCUUUGCAUGUGAGCGAACCUCGUCCUUAUCCAGCUGAUCUGGCUAUCCAUAGUGGAUUUUUUAUUUGCUGAAUACUGCAUUUUUAAGAUUUCUGUGAAGGGCAUACUCAAGUCGUGCUUGCACGUCAUGACCAUAAUCAAUGAAAUGGGUGAAGCUGUGCUGAGACACAAGGUCGCAUUGUGUAAGUUGCUACUUUAAACAGUUUCUAGAGGUAGUCGUAUACUGAGCCAAUGUUGAGGAGAAUGCAAAUAUGCAGUGGACUUCCAGAGGCAUCUGAUUGCUAAGUAUCAGUGUUUUUGUUAACCUUGGAUGGUGUAAAUAUGGUGAACUUGGAAGCCAAAAAUAAGCAUUGUAAAAAAAUUUAAACGAACAAAAGUUUCAUUUCAAGCAAAACCUGAUAUCUGCCUGAUUCAUUGCUGUGUGAACAGUGCUGCUAUGUGUUAACAGAGAUGAUAAAGAAAUAGGCCCUUGUGUACUAUUACCUUGAAGUUGUUGUCAAUAGGUAUGGAACAUUGUGACAAUAAAAAGGAUCGAUAUUUACAGUA